AUACCUUGCCUUUACUUUUGCCACGUUCGUCGAUUUCACAGUCAUCUCGCGCGUAUGCUGGCCGGCUGGCUUGCUUUUCUGUUCAACCCCCUCAAGCGCCUGACACCGCCGUGGCGUGAACGACUUUGCGAAGUGCCUGUGUUGUCACGACGCUAGGUCUAGAUUUUGACGGUUGGGAGAUAGCAGCAGACAUUUCAUUUCUUGUCAACGUGUUAUGUACUAAGUGAAAUAUCAUGGGUGGUGCAGCUAGUUCUGAAGUACCUGGUGGGGGUACUGAAGGUUACCAUGUUUUACGCGUUCAAGAAAACUCCCCUGGCCAUAAAGCAGGACUGGAAGCAUUUUUCGAUUUCAUAAUUGCUAUUGGAAACUCAAGACUAGAUAAAGAUGAUGACACUUUAAAGAAGAUCUUGAAGGACCAUGAAGAGCGCCCUCUGAAAAUGCUAGUGUACAGUAGCAAGUCUUUGAAAGUACGAGAAGUAACCCUGACUCCAAGUACCAGGUGGGGAGCAAGGUGGGGUGGUCAAGGCCUUCUUGGUGUCAGCAUUCGAUUUUGUUCAUUUGAAGGUGCCAAUGAAAAUGUCUGGCAUGUACUUGAUGUACAGCCAAAUUCCCCUGCAUCGCUGGCAGGAUUCAGGUCCAAUACAGAUUACAUAAUAGGGGCUGAUUCAAUCUUGCAUGAGGUAUCACUUGCCUCCACUCCAAAUGUAAGCAGUGUGGAAAAAGAUCUGGCUAAUUUGAACCUUACCCCAGCCAGCCCGGCAAAUGCACCUGUCACAACCACAGGCACACCUGUGAAUGUGACAAGCCCAGCAAUAAACCCAGCCUUGCCUACUGGACAACCAACCAUACCUGUUACUGCAGGAUCUCAACCUGUAGUCAACAGUGCUGUGUAUACACCUACAACAGCAUCACAGAAUGCACCUGUUUCAGAUGUGCUGCCACCAGUCAGCCUGUCGAACAUACCAGGCUUACCAAACGUUAACGUGUCAAUACCCCCAAUAGCACUGUCCUCACUUCCUCCUCCCCAACCAGGCUCAACGGUUCCCACCUCCAUCUCUUUUCCAUCAUCUAUUACAGUACCUCAACUACCAGCUGGUAUAACCAUACCGCCACCACCUGUAUCUCUGCCAACAGCAAUUGCAGGUGGUGGAACUAUAGCUGCUCCCGCAUCGCUGUCGUCAAUAGCAACAGGUGUUUCACAGACUGAAGCCAGCUCUUAGGCUUACAUAAAACUUGAUGUAUGAUAUCUAAUUAUGUAUUCGGUAUCACCAGAGUUUAUACAGUUCUGUUUAAUGACAGCAUACCAGAGUAACUAUCUUUUGAAAAUAAUCUUGUAAAUUAUUUAGUAUUAAAUGUGUAACAUGAAAUCAUUCAGCUGUGUACAUUACAGUGUGCUUUUUGAAAGGAUCAGUGGUGGAUUUGCUAUAAAUGGUCUAGACAUUAAUUGUCUACCCGAGAUAAAAAACAUUAUACAGUAAUUGAAUAUUGUUUGUCUGUGAAAUCUUAAUGCAAAUGUGUUUAAUGCAAGAUUUAACACCAAACAAUGGUAAUAUAUGUAUUAUCGAAAGGAGCUGUUCUGGUAUUGUUAUAUUUUUCAAUGCACACUUUUGGAUUUUAGAGAAUGCACUCUUACUUUAAUUUUUUUGUGGACAAUUAACAAGUGGUUUUGAAUUCUCUUCUGAUAGUUUAGUUUUUUCAAUUGAAUGAGUCUUAUAAUUUUAACGUGAAUUUGUGUUUUGAGUGAAUAUAUAAAAGAUUCAAUAAAGUGAAUCUUAAGUACAGUAUCAUUGUUGGAAGUUUUUAAUAAAACAACCAAGUUGUAAAAAAUCACUAAGUUUUAUGUAUUCUGUUUUCAUAAUGAUAUAUAUGCAGAUAGCAAACUUGUUCAUGUGUACAGAUUUACAAAAAUUAUUUUAGCAAACCUAUUCACCUGUAGAAGCUACAGUAGUGGUAAGAUCUAAUAGAAAUCAAAUACCCGUAGCCUUGAAGUACUGUUCUCUAUUUGCAAUUUGAUACAGUGAUGCAGACAACAAAUAGGAAAACCUCUGAUUUUGUUCCGUAUAAUGACAAUGUAAAUGAAAUAUGGAGUUUCAGAGUUACUGCAGAAUGAGUAAAUCAGUGAUAUUCUCAACAAUUGAUUACUGUACAGUAUAAUUUCUUCAUUUUUUGCCUGAGGCAGAAGUACACUGAAUAAAUACUUUCAAUUUCUAUACACUAA